GAAUUUCAGGCGUGAGGAAAUGAAAACAAAGUAGUUAAGGAGAAUUAAGAUCUACUAGAAGUAUGGAGGGGACAGUGCUUAUUUUGAAUGACGUCAUUUCCUGAGAAAUCUAUCUCCCCCACCCAUCAGAACAAAUAAUCAUACAUCACUGUAAAUUGGUACUUUUUCUGAAAAGAUAACCAGCAACGGGUGAUAAUAUAGCCAGUUUGAAAGCUUUUCUUAAGUGUCAAAAUGAUGACGAAAAUGACUGAUUUUAGAAUCAGACAAUUGAUGUUAGUUUUGAUCUAUUACAUAAUUUCAUUGGCAGCAAGUGAGAAUGAAGGAACAAAUUACCUAUUACGUGAAAAGCGAAACAUAUUAUGUUAUCUUGGAGUAAAUGAAGUUUUGAAGAGUGUGCUGUAUGAUUCAUUGGAGGAUUUGCACAAAAAUGAUCCCAUAAAGCUCGGAAACUCAAGCAGCAAUAAAUUGGAAGAUGGUGUUUUGCAAGGAUUAUCCACCCUUACCAACGUUUCAGAUUUAAACGUCGAAUGUGAAGAUGAUUCACUUGUCUUUUCUACUAUACUUGGAAUGAAAGAUGCUGUUGUUCAUUUUAAAUGGCAUCGAAAAUUCCUAGUGAAUUUAGAGGGGACCGUUUGGAGCAGAGCGGAUGAGGUUAACUUUGAUGUCCAGGUUAGACUGAAUAUAACAGAGGCCAUCAGGUUUGAUGUUGAUCGAGUUUUAGUUACUAAACUGGAAGGUUUUCGCUUUGGUUUUAGUGGUCUAGGACCACUUAACCCACUGGUAAAGGGCUUUGUAAAAAUAAUGCAGAAAAUUUGGUCGACCAAAAUUACAAAAGUCAUACAGAAACUCUUGAAGAAAGCAUUGGAGAAGCAACUCAGUAAAUUAACGUUUUCUUUUUAAGCGCAUAGUUCAUUGGUGGCUUUGUGAUUUUGAGACAGAUAGGUCUUCACAGACUUCAAUUUUUAAGUUUAUUCUGUUACAGACAAUUGAUAGACUUUAUGAACGGGUAUAAAUUAUUGGACGUGGAAUCCAAAACACAAAGACACUCAUUAUAAAUAAAAUCGGUGGUAAACUUCAUAAAGACAAAAACAAAGCUUGAAAAAUACUAGUCUUAUGAAAGACUUAGUUUCAUCUUAAAUAUUCAGCUUUGUAUGAAAGAGUUUGUAAAAAAAUUACCAGGAGAAUAAUUUCUUCCUUUUUAUAAUAAUUUCUUAUAACAAUAAAAUUCUUAAUUCUUCACCAAAUAAAAAAUUAAUGAAAAAAAUUAUCA